AAAGCAAAGAUGGCGGAAGCAACGGCCCAAAAGAUGGAAAAAAUCUCCUUCGGCACAACCAUGGACAGGAAACUGUUCCCCAUCAACUGUGCUCCCACGCGAUUCGGCAAUGAACUUUCUCCACUCAGAGGAGCUCCUCACAGAGGACCAGGUUGUUAUGACAAUGAAGAGGUCAGCAACAUGGUCUACAACAUUGAAAAAUUCCCCAUCUGUACCAAGAAAGGAUACUCCCUGGGCGCACGCACAGACCCCAGGUUCAGGAAAGUUCACACGCUCAUCACGCCCAGUCCUGUGGCCUACCAGACCACGUGGACGGAACUCAGGAGCUUCCAACCAGCCUUUAAGCCCUUUGAAGUCGGGGCAAACAGAUUCAGGGAGAUCAAGCUAGAUCCACUCAUAAAUCCUGGGCCUGGGACAUAUGAGCAUGAUAUCAAGAGAAACCGUCAAGUGUCAUGGCCAAGCCAGUUUGGCGCACCUAUCCAUCCCAUCCAGCCAACCCCGGAGAAAAGAACACUGAAGACAGAGCUCCUGAGUGACAAGGAGUUCAGGAAACACAAGAACCGAGUGGCAUACCUGAGCCUAUACUGGGAUUGACCCCCUCUGCUCCAUCCUUUAAAUAUGUACAGUAUCGCAGUAUAAGCCACAGAAAAUUAAUGGUCACCGCGCCCUUUUGUGUCACUUCCAGAUAAGACACAUUAUGUAUUGGAUAAAGCACCACCCUGUUUUGUUCAGGAAGGGAUAAUGACAAGUUAUUUUUAAAAAAGAGAGAUUUUAAAAACAAAGAAUAAAAAUAUGACUGCAAUUAAUGGUGGCACCCUUAUCAUGGUUGUGAUUUUACUACUGAAAAAUGGAUUGAGAUUAUUUGGACAGGAAACAGAACAAAACUGAAGUCAUGUUUUUGUUAAUUUUAUUAUAUUUUAUGCAGUCAGAUGGAAUCAGUUUGAAGGGAGGAAAACCUUAUUGGUUAUAUAUACAUGUAAUACUGCAGUAUUCAGCAGUACAUUUGUUUUGUUGUCUUCCAUGUGAACGUACUGAAAGCGUUAUUUUACACAUUUUUGUUGCCAAUAUUAUAGCUCUCACAUGGUCCUGAAAAUAAAAUUUUUCUGGUGAGAACAUAUGUAAAUAAAACAACAAUACCAAGAACUCAUUGUCUACGUCUGUUUGAUAUCAGUAUAUCAUGAGAUUACUGGCUGUCUUAGAUCUGAUGAAAGCUCCUUGAUUGCACAGGUACAAUGUAUACAUUUGUAUACAUGUCCUUUUUACAGCUGGACACAUGUUGCAGUACUGCCCCUGUGCAGAUGUCGACAAAACUGCAUGAAUUGCACACUGUCAUUGCACCAGUGGUAAUUCAAUAUAAAUCCUUGUUUUCACAUAAUUAAAACAGUAGAAUUAAAAUAAUAACAUAUACAACAAUUUUAUAGCCCAUUAAUCCCAAACUUUCUUGACAGUUAAGAAGUCUUAAAUCAAUACUAGAUAUUCUAUGGCUUUGUCAAAGAAUUAAAUUCUUCAAUUUCUAUUAAAAGCACCUUUCUGGACAUUGCUUUUGUCCACACUUCAACAUUUUGCAUCAACCUGGCACAGGCUUUUGAUUUCACAGUUAUUACUGUUUUUCUCAUAUCAUGGAAAAGUACAACAUAUCAC